GGUUAACGAAUUGUGUUCGUCCGGUCAUUACGAUAUGCCUAUUAUACUGUUACUAAUAUUAUUAUAGUGUUGUGUGAUUGUGUGAACGGGAAUUAACGUUACCCGCAGUUGUAGCGAUGUGUCGAUAACGAAAAGUAUUAACAAACGUGCACGACGAACGGGUUGAUCGUUUAUCGGUCCGUAAAAACUAAGAAGAACAUUAAUUAUAACAAUAACUAUCGUACUAGCGAACGAUACCACCCCGUUUUAAAUUAACAAAAUGUCUACCCUACCCGACGGCAUCUGCAAACAACUUUUCGCGUGCUUUAUAGUGUCCAUGCCACUGUUGAUGGCCGGAACAACGCUGGGAUGGUCGUCGCCGAUGAUGGAAUACACGCUAAAAGGCACGGCACCGGUUCACUUGACUUCGGAACAAGAGUCGUGGAUGGUAACUCUGAUAGACGUCGGAAACGUACUGUUGUCGUUACCGGCCGGUAUUAUGAUGGACAAAAUCGGUCGGAAAAUGUCCGUGUACUUGACGGUACCGAUAACGCUGGCCGGCUGGAUACUGAUACUGGCCGCUCGGCAGCCCUGGCACUUGUACGUGGCCCGAUUUUUGCACGGCAGCGCUAUGGCAAUCUCGUUGAUCGUGUCCCCGUCGUACGUGGGUGAGAUGGCCGCCAUAUCCGUCCGGGGAUCGUUGGCCCUGGUGGUCGAGCUGACUUACGCUUCCGGUCUGCUGCUGGCCUACGUAGUCGGAUGGCUCGCCAGCUACGAGACCCUGGCCAUCGUCGGCGCUGUCAUACCGGUCAUCACGGGCGUGCUAAUGGUGGCCAUACCGGAAUCGCCGUACUACCUCAUGAUGGUGGGAAAACCGGAAGAGGCGGCCCGGUCGUUGAGGAAGCUGAGGAACUGUGGCGACGAAGAGUUCGAGGAAGAGCUCGAGAUCGUCAGACUGUCCGUCACCGAAGAAAAGUGCAAGGGACAGCUGACGGACCUGCUACACAGGGAUCGGGCGCCAUUGAUCAUCGUGCUCACGUUGGCCGCCCUGCAAAUGGCGUGUGGCGCGAGCGUGAUGGAAGCGUACGCGUCGUCCGUGCUGUACGGCACAGGGCUGUCACCGAACGCCAGCGCCGUGAUAUUCGGUCUGUUCAUAGUGGUGGCGUGCGUGCCGUUCGCGCUCACUGUGGACAAGUACGGCCGGCGGCCACUGUUCAUGGCAUCGUGUGUGGGCACCACUCUGUGCCACGUGUUCAUAGCCGCGUUGCUGUCGCGCGACGAUGGCGGCAGCGUCGGCGUCGAGUCCACGGCCGACACGGACGGUUGGCUGCUGUUGGCCAGCGUGUGUGGCGCAGAAUUCUUCAUCAACAUCGGGCUCAUGCCCGUGCUGUCCGUCAUCCAGUGCGAGUACUUUCCAUCGGACACCCGUGGCCUCGCCAACUCGGCAGUGGUGUUCACCAUCACGUUCACGUCCACCAUCAUGCUGAAGAUCUACCAGCCGGUGACAGACGCGUACGGCAAGCGCGCCAACUUCAUCGGGUACGCGGUGAUCACCUUCUUUGGCGGCCUGUUCUGCUACUUCUGCGUGCCCGAGACUAAGGGCAAAUCGUUCCUGCAGAUCCAAACGGACUUCGAGACGUACGCUUGGCGCAACGGCAAGACCCGCCGCCGGAACUACGAGCGGCUCUGACCGGGUGUUGGGACAACCCCUCCCCCCCCCCACCUCCACUCAACCGCUCCACGACCGUCAGCAGCGAAGGUCCGUCGCGUCCUCGCUCAUUAUUAAAUGUUAUAAUAGUGUGUAUACGUUGAUUAAUAAUAAUAAUAUUAUACAAUAACGAUUGCCGGCCGCCACGUUUCAUGGUUUCGUCCGUGUGAGUUUUGGACUUGAAACGAUCGAGACGACUUGAGACUUACGUUUGAUAUCGUUUUUUAGUUAUUAUAUGUCUGCAUAUACGCCAAAAUGCGCCACUGCAGGGAGUCUUGUUUUUUUUUUUUUAUUUAACUUUUAUAAUAAUUUUCUUAUACACGAUUCGAAGCCUGUAUAUUAUACGUUGACGUGAUUUAUUUUUUUUAAACUUUCGUUAGGUGCCUAAAUCCGUUUACCUACACUUAUAUUAUUAUACGCAUCGAAAUCGUAUUACAAUGUUAUAUUCGCUGGACGUCUCGCGGUGUUAGUACUUUUUCGGAUGACGGCCAAAGUGGACACAUCGGAAAAAGAAGCACAGACGCCCAACGUUACAUUAUAAUUGAUAAACAUUUUAUACGAUAAAAAAAAAUAAUCAUACAUACAUCGAAACCAUACAUUUCAUCUCACGAUAUUUCAUUUUAUCUGUAAAUUCAAUCUAAUUUUGGAUAAUAAUUAUACAAAGUUGUUACAAAACAUUGUUAUUUACAGCACAGUCAGCGUAAUCAUUUUUUCUUAUAUGUAUAAAACAUCUACACGCGUUUCGUACCUCCAUCCCAGCAUAAAUGUAUCCAAAUUGCAUAGUGAUAACGCUCUUUUGGUACCUAUUGUUAUAAUGAUCUCAGUAAAGCCGUAGACAACAAUGGUACCUACCUAAUUUAACCGUAAAAAGUACAUUACAACAUCGAAUAAGUACCAGUAUUUGUUUUUAUUUUACCCACUUAUUAUCCACGCAAAACUCGUUCACCAAUGUCGAGAAAAUGUUCAAAACUCUCAAAUCAGACAACGGAUCAUCCCUAUUCCCUAUUAUUAUGUGUAGGUACAACGGGGUGGGUACCCAAGAAAAAAACUUGAUGUAUAGUACAUACCAAUACUUGCUUUAAUAAGAAAAUGUUAAUUUACCUUGGUAGUCUUAAGUUUUCAACGAAGUAUUAACUCUAUCAAUAAUAAUAAUAUUUAUAUUAAAUAUAUAUAUUAUGUAAUAAUAUACUACCUAACUGUUGUAUGCUUUAAAUAUAAUGAUUAACUUCUGAAGUUAAAAUAAACAAAAAAGUUUUUAUUA